ACCAACGAUGUUAAGAUAAUCACCGGUGAUCGGCAGAGGGGCUGGUUUGUACGGCCUAUUUGUUGGAAUAUCGAGCAAGGCUACUCCUGCAAUUUCUACGAGCAAUCGUGGACCGGUCACGGUCCUUUGAUUGGCCAGUACGAGGGCUUCAGCGAUGGCUGGUUUGGCAGCGAGUAUGCAGCAUAUUAUAAAUGCUGGCGCACUGGCGACAAACGUCGG